CGCGCGUUAUCUUUUGUCAUUUGCCUAUCAUAAUCCUCCAUUUUAAUUUGCGGAUAGAUUCUUGUCUUGCGUUUUAUUCGGGUGGCGAUGUUGGAAGCCGGGAAGCUGGUGUAGAUGAGCUCCCAUUGGUCUAUUUACUGCUCUCCUGUUAAUUCAAGUUCAGUGAACUAGUUUGAUUACGAACAGAUAGGCCCUGCUUGUUACAUUAGUCCAUGCUUUCUAGGGGAAAAUUCAUUGGCCAUCAUGCUGAUUUGACUUGCGCUCUCGUAUCUGUUCCUAUUCUGAUGAGAAUCUUCAAGACCAAGCUGUUGCAUUUCCAGACAUAAAGCAUACAAGCCUCUGAUUCUGAAGAUUGCGAAGAUGAAGCUGCAAUUCAAAGUUGCUCUUGCUUCUGUUAUUAGCUUGCUCUGGAUUCAGCCCUCAUUCUGUGAUGGACCUUCUGGGAGCCUAAACAAAUGGUUAUGUAGGUGUUCUUUUCAAGGGAACCAGAGUUCCUCUCUCGCUAACUGUUCUACAUCAUGUGAUUGCCGUUCAGAUGCCAAAGAGAGUGCAGACUUAUGGACAUGCUUGUGUGACCCCACUGGGUUUCCUAAUGUGGAAGCCGAUGGUCAUAGUUCGAAUUGCUUUACUGCCUGCAACUGCACCUGGGGAGCUCUCACCAUCUCACAAGGUUCGAACAAACACAUUUCCAGCAAGACUGUUAUAAUUAUACUCUUACUCAGUGUAAUAUGCACAACUGUUGCAUUUCUUGCCUCAAUCGCAUGCUAUGUACGGCGAAGGGACAAAUGGCCUAUUCAAUCACCCAUAUUCUCAUCAGACAACGAAACAAGUUACAAUAGCACUGCCAUCUUGAUUAGUAAUAGAACUUCAGUGCCAGAAACAAAAGCUGUUGCAAAUUCUCCCUUUAAUCUGAUCUCAGGAUGCUUUCGGACGGCCUCUUUCUUGUGUGGGAGCAAAGGAGAAACUUUUCAUGGAAAUACUAUUCAAUUUUCAUUUGCAGUACUAGAAAAUGCCACUGAAAAGUUUUCGGCUUCCAACCUGAUUGGACUAGGCAGAAGUAGUUAUGUAUAUCGUGGUCAACUGAAGGGUGGUACUAAUGUGGCAGUGAAGCGACUAAGAGCUCAAGUGGGGACCGAAGCAGACUCUGAGUUUUUGACGGAGAUUGAACUACUCUCUAGACUUCAUCACUGUCACCUGGUGCCUUUGCUUGGAUACUGCUUAGAAUCAAAAGGGAAACAUGUUGAGAGGUUACUUGUAUUUAAGUACAUGGCUAAUGGCAAUUUGAGGGACUGUUUGGAUGGAGCUUCUGGAAAAAGUCUGGAUUGGGCGACCCGUGUUACAGUUGCAAUAGGAGCUGCAAGGGGAUUGGAAUACCUACAUGAAGCGGCUGCUCCAAGAAUUCUACAUAGAGAUGUUAAAUCAACAAACAUCCUUCUGGAUGAAAAUUAUCAAGCAAAAAUUACCGAUCUUGGUAUGGCUAAAAACUUACGAGCUGAUGACUUCCCCAGCUGUUCAAAUUCUCCAGCCAGAAUGCAGGGCACAUUUGGUUAUUUUGCACCUGAAUAUGCAAUUGUUGGAAGAGCCUCUCUUAAGUCAGACGUCUUCAGUUUUGGGGUGGUUCUUCUUGAGAUUAUCAAUGGUCGAAAACCUAUCUAUAAAUCUAAAGGCAAAGAAGAAAGCCUUGUCAUAUGGGCUGCUCCUCUCUUACAAGAUAAAAGGCGCAUAAUAACCGAGUUAGCCGACCCACAAUUAAAAGGAAACUUCCCGGAAAAGGAGAUGCAGAUAAUGGCAUAUUGCAAGGAGUGUUUGCUGUUGGAUCCUGAUACUCGACCAACCAUGAGUGAAGUCGUUCAAAUUCUUUCAACUAUAUCGCCAGACAAAUCUAGAAGGACAAGAAACAUUCCAGUGAUCCUUUUCCAGGAACCAAAGAAUUCAGAGAAGCUAGAGCAAGUUCCAUCUAGUAGAGUAGACACUGACCACAAUCUUUGGGUCGGAAACCUCAAUAAUGAAGCAGAUAUAAUUUCUGCUACGGAUAGUUUGGUCCUCGCGACUCCAAAAGCUGGGAGCUGGUAUGGAUCCGAGGAAGAAAUUGUAGACCUAACUGAGCCUCGGUUUGAAUCAUUUUGCGUGACAAACGUUAGUUCAUCCUCAUAACUUGUACCUGGCAUGAACAGAGAGAAGGAGAGAACCUCAAGUCUGAAGAAUCCACAAAGGAACAGUGCGGUUCUGUUCCAGAUUCAAUUGUUCUACCCUUCUCCGGCGCGUUGCUCAGUGGGAUAUCAAGAAGGAAGCAAUCUCGUGUGCUGGUUUUGUGAAUGUAUUCAUCUUUUUUUCUUCACAAAGGUCAUUUUUCGUAUUUGUGUAUUGCACAGGAAAAAGGGGGCAUAGGAUACUCCCAUUCUACUGUAUCAGAAGAGGUAUGGGGUCCAAAACUUAUAGUUGCACAGUAGAUGUUUUGGUUAUAGAAAUGGUUAUUCCACGAUUCUCCUA